AUGUUUCCAACACAAGCAAAUCUUCAAAUUGCAUUAUUUAGUGAUGAACAAGUUUAUUUAGAACAAACAGCUCGUUCCUCUUUUUGGACCCAAGAGUCCUUUCACGGUAUAAAUUUAAGUUCACUUAAAAGUGCAGCCUUAGAAGAAGUUUUCCGGCAACCAAUUGUGGAUACUUGGCACAUUGGGAUUUUAAUGUCGACAUGUAUUUCUUGGAAUUUUAAUUUUGAAAAUGAUGAGACUAAAGGACUUCAAAGGAUUGAAAUUCCUUUCGAAUUUAAUGCUUUAAGAACUGGUUAUAUACAUGGAUUGGCUACUUGGUUUGAUGUUGGAUUUAUGGGACAGACAAAAACAGUUUAUCUUUCAACAGCUCCAACAGAGCCUUUAACUCAUUGGUAUCAAGUUAGAUUAUUAAUUAAAAAUCCUCUAUUUGUUACUAUUGGUCAAUUGGUUAGUGGGAAGUUGUUAAUGUUGGCUAAUGACAAACAAAGCUAUGAUUUGGAUUUGGAAAUUGAAGUAGGAGAUAAGCGCCAACAAAACAAACUUGAUCUAAAAAUGCCUCAUUUUCGAUAUAAUGGCCAACCAGUUUCACAACCACCACCCGGAAAUUCAACAGAAAAUCCUUUAGAGCAAUUAAAUCAACAUUUGGCAAUUGCAGUAGCAACAGCACAACAACAACAAUUAAAUAAUAAUAUUGGGAAUAAUAAUUUAAAUUUUUCGCCUGCAUAUUCUACAUGUUUAUAUACAAAUUCUUUGACUAAUUCAGGAGGAAAAGAUUAUUCAACAACAACAACUUCUGCAGACAUUUUAGUACAAAAUGGUACUUUAAAUGAAUAA